AUGACUUCAACCAACACAACUGACCAGCGCCUGGAGCAUCUCCUCAGCGCCGUGGAGAGCGAGUUCCAGAAGGGCAGCGAGAAGGGAGACGCGUCGGAGAGGGAUAUUAAACUGAGCCUGGAUGAUGCUGACUUAUGGAACAAGUUCAAAGAGUUGACCAACGAGAUGAUUGUCACCAAAACUGGAAGGAGGAUGUUCCCGGUGCUCAGAGCCAGUGUCAGCGGCCUGGACCCCAACGCCAUGUACUCAGUGCUGCUGGACUUCGUGGCCGCGGAUAACAACCGGUGGAAAUAUGUGAACGGGGAGUGGGUUCCCGGCGGCAAACCGGAGCCCCAGAGCCCCAGCUGCGUGUACAUCCACCCGGACUCACCCAACUUCGGAGCGCACUGGAUGAAAGCGCCAGUCUCCUUCAGCAAAGUGAAACUCUCCAACAAACUCAACGGUGGCGGACAGAUCAUGUUGAAUUCUCUGCAUAAAUACGAGCCGAGGAUACACAUCGUGAAGGUCGGAGGCAUCCAGAAGAUGAUCAGCAGUCAGUCCUUCCCCGAAACACAGUUCAUUGCAGUCACUGCUUACCAGAAUGAAGAGAUUACAGCUCUGAAGAUAAAGCACAACCCCUUCGCCAAAGCCUUCUUGGAUGCCAAAGAAAGGAGUGACCACAAAGACAUCUCCGAUCACAGUGCAGACAACCAACAGUCUGGUUACUCUCAGCUUGGAGGAUGGUUCCUCCCCGGUCAGAGCCCCAUCUGCCCCAGCAGCAGCCCUCCUCAGUUCAGCAGCUCGGCGGGUCACUCCUCCGGCUCGUACUGCGAACGGUACUCCAGCCUCAGGAGCCACAGAGCGGCCCCGUACCCCACCCACUACCCCCACCGCACCUCCAGCUCAAAUAACUACAUGGACAACACUGCCGGGUCUCUGCCCUCUCAUGACAGCUGGUCCGCUCUGCAGAUCCCAAACUCCUCCGGCAUGGGAACACUGUCCCACAGCUCCAACUCCACCUCAAACUCCAGUCAGUACCCCAGCCUGUGGUCGGUCGCCGGCACCACCCUCGCCCCGUCGGGCUCUGCCUCGGGCUCCAUCCCCGGGGGUCUGACCUCCCAGUUCCUUAGGGGCUCCUCCUACACCGGCCUGACCUCCUCGCUGCCCGUCUCCUCGCCCUCCUCCAUGUACGACCCCAACCUGAGCGAGGUGGGCGUCGGGGAGGCGCAGUUCGAGAGCUCCAUCGCCCGGCUCACCGCCUCCUGGGCGCCGGUGGCUCAGAGCUACUGA